AUGUCUGACCACCCUCAAGACCCCACAAAUAUCCCUCAGGCCCCUGAUCCUCAGCCCCAGGGCCAAGCCACAAUUACAAUGGAGGACAAGAUGGACUUCCUCCUCACCCAUUUUGCUUCCCCAGCUAAAGGAAAGGCUCCCAAGAUUGCACCACCUGAAAUCUUUACUGGAGAUUGCUUCAAGGCCAACACCUUUAUGCACCAAUUGGUUCUGUACUUCAAGAUUAGAACCAAUGAUCUUCAAACAGACCAGGACUACAUCAACUUCACCCUUUCUUAUAUGCAAGGGGGGGCUGCAGGAGAUUGGGCUGAUAGAGUCUUAGAGCAACAACUGAAACUCAAGCCUGGGGAGGUCUUAUAUGAAGAUUGGGAAACCUUUGAAAAGGAACUUUGCCAAACCUUUGGAGAUCCAGACCUAGCAGCCUCAGCACAACUCUAA